GGAGCGCCCGGACUCAGAAGGUCCCCCGACGCCGAGGAUGCGGGACAUGCGGCCCCCCACCCUCCUCCUGCUGCUCUCGGGGGCGCUGGUCCUGACCCCCAGCCGGGCCGGCCCCCACUCCCUGAGGUAUUUCCGCACCGCUGUGUCCCGGCCCGGCCGCGGGGAGCCCCGCUUCAUCUCCGUCGGCUACGUGGACGACACGCAGUUCGUGCGGUUCGACAGCGACGCGGCGAGUCCGAGGGAGGAGCCGCGGGCGCCGUGGAUGCAGCAGCCGUGGGUGGAGCAGGUGUACCCGGGGUAUUGGGAGGAGGAGACGCAGAUCAGCAAGACAAACGUACAGAAUUACCGACGGAACUUGAACAUCCUGCGCGGCUACUACAACCAGAGCGAGGACGGGUCUCACACCUACCAGAGAAUGUAUGGCUGUGAAUUGGGACCCGACGACCGCCUCCUCCGCGGGUACAGUCAGUGGGCCUACGACGGCACCGACUACAUCGCCCUGAACGAGGACCUGACCUCCUGGACCGCGGCCGACAUGGCGGCUCAGAUCACAAAGCGCAAGUGGGAGGCGACCCGUUUCCAUGAGCGCAGGAGUAACUACCUGGAGGGGGAGUGCAUUCACUGGCUGCGCCUUUACCUGGACAAAGGGAAGGAGACCCUGCAGCGCGCAGACCCUCCAAAGGCACACGUGACCCACCACCCCGUCUCUGCCCAUGAGGUCACCCUGAGGUGCUGGGCGCGGGGCUUCUACCCUGCGGACAUCAGCCUGACCUGGCAGCGUGACGGGGAGGACCAGACCCAGGACAUGGAGGUGGUGGAGACCAGGCCUGCGGGGGACGGCACCUUCCAGAAGUGGGCGGCCGUGGGGGUGCCCCCUGGAGAGGAGCAGAGAUACACGUGCCAUGUGCAGCACAAGGGGCUGCCCGAGCCCCUGACCCUGAGAUGGGAGCCGCCUCCUCAGACCUUCAUCUUCAUCGUCCUGGGCAUCGCUGGGGGCCUGGUUCUGCUGGGAGCUGUGGCUGGAGCUGUGAUGUGGGGGAGGAGGCGCUCAGGUGGAAAAGGAGGGAGCUAUGCUCAGGCUGCCAGCAGUGACAGCGCCCAGGGCUCUGAUGUGUCUCUCUCGGCUUCUAAAGCGUGAGGAGCUGCCCUGUGGGGACUGAGUGAUGGAAGGUGUGUCCACGCUCCCACUUCCUGACUCAGGAACCUCUGAUGGGGGGCUGGCCCCGCCCUGCUCCUCACACCACCUCCCCGAUGCGCCCCCCAAUGUCUACAUGACUCCACAGGAGACCAGAACACAGUCAUCCAUUGAACCCCGUUCCCUGGUUCCUCAGGGACAACAAACCAGAUGCCCUUUAUGUUUGUGCGGCUCUUCCCCGGGGAGAGGUCGCUCUGACAUACAGACGGGAUUCAGGGAAGGUGGUCCAUGGACAGACAGACGGACACCAUCAGAACUCUUAACAUUGAGUAAAAGUCAAAAAUCACAUCGAAAGUUGGGCAGAACAAUAAGGAGAUAAUUUAUACAUGAAAAGGCCCCGCGUCAUAGGGAAGGUUCAAUAUGGCAAGUCAUUGGAUUCGCUAGCUGUGGAGAUGGGUUUAAAUAUUCCAUAUAUUUUGCAUUUUCAUACUCUUUUUAGAAUAAGAGUAGUGAGUAUGGAGGGGUGACCCCUGAGACCCUGUGACAGUACAGAUGGGAGCCAUGGGGGACCCCCUCCGCCCACAGUUCCUCCUCAGUCUUCUGCCCUGGGCUCUGACCCCGUCCUGGUGUGUCCCCCUAGUGGCACCAUUGACGACAAUGUCAUCAGUACCAGUAGGAUGGGAUCAUUAUUGCCAUUUAUCAACUGGUUAGAUCUAGGGUGGCACUUUGACCCGAUUGAAGACCUGCGACCUCAUUUGGUCUGGCCCUGCCAAGGGCGUAGGGCUGUGUCAGUUGUUUGAGCAAAUAUAGCAGGCUAAUUUUUUUUUUAAUGGU